AUGUAUUACGAACGACGUCCUCUUCAAGAGGUCGACAAGAACCAAUCCACAUGUCCGCGACGACUACCUCCCACCACAACUCUAUCACGAAAUAGCGCGACCAACCAUCCGCGUAGCUUUUCAACAGGCACUGCCGACAAGGAGAACUUCCAACCCGCGUCGACCCAAUCCGUAAAGCAAUCGCUCGCCGAGCGAAUUCAGUACCCUCUCGAAAAUUACUACAAUCUUCAACUCGAAUCCUGUGCCAAAUUCAGGGGCAAACCCUGUCACGUACUCGUGGAAAGAACAGAUGAAGAUACGCCCCAAGCAGUUGUGAUCAAUCAGGCCUUCGACUGGGCUCCUGGAAUCAUGGCUAAAGAUCCGAAUAAAGCCAACACCGGGACUAACACAAACCGCGGUACUUCAAAGCACGAGUCGAAACUCGAGGCCUUGGGAAUAGAUAUUUCUCCAAUACCCGACCCGGCAAGAAUACCUACCGUAAUACGAAAGGCUGCCCGAAAACAACCUGUUAUUACGAAUCGCCGACAGGUUACUGACAAACCGGCAAGCAUCGCUAAUCAGUUCAAACUCCUACUUUCACGAAAUCCUUCGGAGAAAACUCUUCAGCAACUUGCCCAAAAUAUACUCUUCCCUCCGCCAUACGUCUGCGAACAUAUAGACGGCAAAUUGCAUCAGGCGGAUCUCAAUGAGCUACCAUCCACGUUUAUAGGAUUUGGCGCCAAUAGCGACGUUCCUGAGUACACUUUUAUUCGGACACGCUCACCGUUUAUUGCCAGGGAAUUCACCUCGCUCCCUCAAUUCGGUAUCAACUCUAUUAACGAAGAUCAACCCGAGCAUGCUAGCAAUAAAGAAGACGUUGUGGAGGAAGCACAAGAUUCGAAACACGUGGCCAAGACCUCUCGCGAACAUAAACAACGAAAGGACAAUACUACGGCCAAGAUAGCUACCACUAGUCGUCCAAAUGAAUCCGACUUGCGCGGCGUUACGGAUAUACCUUCACAAAGGCAACCUACCCGGCCGGACUACAACUUUGGCCUCACCAUAUGUGGCAGUAUCGUUAAGGUGUGGAUAAUAGAGCCCAAGUCAGGCACAAAUUCAGUUAAGGGCCAAGAUAUCGACAUAACUCUCUAUAACCUUCAAAAGCUAUAUAAUUUUAGCCUCGAGCACGCAAAUGAUAUCAAAAGCCUAAUUACGGUUAUGGAAAAGCUCGAUCAACUGCAUGCCCAGAUUGCCGUCGACCUGGCCUCGUUAAUUGAGCCCGCUACCUCAGAGCAAAAUCAACUGAAUUUAAUAACAUCUCAAGUCACGACGCCAGUCCUAGCUAAAACCAAGGCCGCCUUCGUUACCCAGCUGCCCGAAAGGCAAUCGAUAAUCGAACCGCCUCCUCCCAGAAUACAAUUUGGAAUUAAUAAUAAAUCUUCCCACAAACUGCAACCGGUAAUCGAACUAACUACUCCUAUAAUACAAUCUGGAUUUGUAGUUGAGAAUAACACCAAAUCCUCGGAUCUGCCCCCUGUGAGCACGAGAGUAAUGAACUUCUUAAGACCGCGACAAAACUCUGGGCCUUUAACGCCACCACCCGUAACUAGCUCACCCGACCGGCCCCCGUCCAAAGGAACCCCAGUAACCAGGGUGGUAGCAAGCAGACUCAGAAACAGACUUCGUAAGCGCGGAUAA